GCCAUAUCGCCACAUUGGCGACUCGGCGUGGCUUGGUAUGGGACUGUCUGCGUUAUAUUAUCUUUAUCCGCUGCCAAACCGCGCGAAUGAUCUUUCGUUUUUAAUCGAAUCUAACCGAUAUGUCUCCGAGCUCAAGCACAGUAGUCUCUGUAACUACGCCGAAGGAUCAUUUCCGGGAAUCGGAAGCGAUGAUCACUGGAGAUUAUUGCGACUCCUCCACGUCUUCAUCGUCUCCAAUGACGCAGGCCUUUCCUUUCUCAUCUGGAAACCCUAGGAUCGAAGAGACACGAGGCGUCAUGCACCUCUUCUCCAAUGAUGGGGUUUCCGGUCUUCCCGUGGGAAGAAAACCUUCUUUAUCAGUUCUUGGGGUGCCAAAUCACAUGACUUACGCAGAUUUCUGCCAGUUUUGCGCUUCUUUUCUUCACCAUAUAUUGGAGAUGAGAAUAGUCAGGAAUGAUGGGAUGGAGGAGCAAUAUAGCAUCCUGAUAAGAUUUGACAGUCAGGACUCUACAGAUAGAUUCUAUCAACAUUUUAAUGGUAGACAAUUUAAUUCUUUGGAGGAAGAUGUUUGCCGCGUGCUUUUUAUAGUUGAUGUACAGUUCACUGGUUAUAGUGGUUCACUCGAGACUCAGCCUUCUCCGGCAAGCACAACUGAGCAGCCUUCAUGUCCUGUUUGUCUUGAGAAAUUAGACCAAGACAUGGGUGGAAUUCUCACAACUAUCUGUAAUCAUUCUUUUCACUGCUCAUGCAUUUCAAAAUGGGAAGAUUCUUCUUGUCCAGUUUGCCGAUACUGCCAGCAACAACCUGAAAAAUCAAUAUGUUUUGUAUGUCAAACUUCAGAUAAUCUAUGGCUCUGUGUUAUCUGUGGUUUUGUUGGCUGUGGGAGUUACAAAGGAGGACAUGCCACAAGACAUUGGAAAGAAACACAACAUUGCUAUUCACUUGAACUGGAAACACAACGUGUUUGGGAUUAUGUUGGUGACAAUUAUGUGCACCGACUGAUUCAAUCAAAAACUGAUGGAAAAUUAGUUGAAUUGAAUUCCCAUUGUGUGCAUGGUAAUGAUGGUUGUGCAAGUUGUGUUUGUUUAAAGUCUGGAGUUAGUGAUGCUCUUUUGAACGGCAAAGUUGAAGCGAUUGUUAAUGAAUACAAUGAGCUCCUAGCCACCCAACUUGAGAACCAAAAACUAUAUUUUGAGACUUUGCUUCAAGAAGUCAAUGAAGAAACUGAAAGGGAAAUUUCAGAAGCAGUUAAGAAGGCUGUUGCACAAAAGUUGCAAAAGUUGCAGGCUAAGCUGGAUAGGUGUCUCAAAGAGAAGAAAUUUCUUGAUGAACUCAAUGAGAAUCUUUUGAAAAAUCAGGACAUAUGGAAAACAAAAAUACUGGAGAUUGAAGAGAGCAAGGGUCAACGUUUCCCUGUUCCAGAAAUGUUUCCAGCGCGGAAACGGCCAGACAUGGCAAGGAGACAUUUUGGGCCCGUUUCCUUAAAUUGCAAAAAUCAGAAAUGCAUUUCCAACCUCCGACAUGCAUUUUUUUUAAGAAAAAAAAAAAAGCUUUAGGUUAAAACACAACAGACAGAAUAGAGCUGCACCACAGAGAAGAAGAAGAAGAAGAAGAAGAAGAAGAAGAAGAAGAAGAGGAGGAGGAGGAGGACUAACUUGGCAGCAACCGCGGCUGGAUCAUCGAACAGCGGUGACAGCAGCACAGGGGACUCUACUAAAUUUCUGUUCUUCCAUAUUUUCAAGUUUUCUUGUGUUGGUAUGGGAGAGGGAGUUAGAUCCUUUUCAUUACUAAGGGGUUUUAUAAUCAUAUUAAUUUUACUGUUGGGGAUUGAUCUGUGUUAGUGGGCUGGCUGUGGGCUUUGAUUAUUGAAUGUGGUUCUGGAUGAAACUUUUGCUUAAUAUGGGCUUGCUGCUAUAACUGGUGGAGAACUCUAAUGGAAUGUCGCUGCCUUUAAUUUUGCUACAACGCGUUUUCCCAGUCAAAUGUAGCUGCUGUUAACUUUAGCUUAAUAUCACAGUCAAUAAUCAAAGUCAACAUUUGAUAUUAAUCUUACUUGUAUUAAUUUCCUUAGGGAUUUGAUACAUGCAGGUCUAAUCAUUUUGCGUAUACUAUCAAAUCAAAUGAUGCCCAUGCAUCCAUUUAUUAA